GUCAUCCCGCCUAUCAUCUCUCAACCUAAAGAUUUAGAAGAUGUUUCCACAAUUGAGUCCUCGUUUCAAAACUUUGAUUCAAAGUUCAACAAGUACAAUCUGUCAGGAAAUGACAUUCAGACCUUGAAUUUAUUGGGAGCUGUUGCAGCCGGUUUCAAACGAUUUCCCUUUAUUGACCAAACAACAUCUGAAGUAGAGGUAAACGGUGAUACAGAGUCCAUUAAUAUCGACACAUCCGGAGGGGGACCUGUGUUUGUUGUUUAUCAAGAGAAAACUGUGAAGCUUCUUCAGCUGGUCAAAAGCAUUGUUACCCCUGGCUGUACAAAUUCCAUCGACAGAUUCAAAUUAACAGACAUACAGCAGAUCUUCAGCACCUUUGAUGCUCUGACUCGCUUUGAACCGUAUUUGUCUUUGGAGGGAGUGAAGAUAAUGGUGGUCAUUGUGGACACUGUAAUUGAUUGUUUGGAAUAUGGCAGCAGGAGAAAUCCUUUAUCUCCGACGGCAGUAGAAAGUUUAUCAGAUAUUGCUAUUGGUAAGGCUGUGUCUAACUACUUAAGAAACCCCUACAUAUAUGGAGAGAAUGCAACCAAGGCCACUUCUUCCGUUCCAGUGAUUAAUAUUCCUCAAAACAUAUCUGUGGACACCAAUAUUCCGAAUAAAGGGAAUCUGGAAUUUAAGAGAUAUAUUCCUCUGAUCAAUCCACGAUAUCCAGAACAGAUGAUUUAUUUUGCUUUUGAAAUAAUAAAUGGUGGAGAUGCAGUGCUCAUCUACAUCAAACCUGAUGAAUUUGACUUCUUGGGUCAUCAAGAGGUGCCUUUAUAUUCGUUUUAUUUUAGUUCAGCUACUUUUCCAAAAUCUGAUUUGUUUGAUUACAAGAAGGUGCUUGGUGUCGAUGAUUGGACAGGAUAUGGAUUUAAGGUGUUUCUUCCAGGAGGUAUAUGUGGGGAAGGACUGUGUUAUCUUGGCAUAAAACCACUCACAGCCCCCGACACCGAUGAUUUCUCUGGAACAAGAAAAAGGAGAGCAGCAGAACAAGCAACUAUUGAACAACCAGAGAACACGACCUCCAAAUUUAAUGCUUCGGAUUUUGUCCUAGCUGAGGCUAACUUCAGUAUGAUAUUUACAACAACAGGAUGUAGAACUUGGGAAAAAGGAAAACAACUCAUGGACAAUGGAGAGAUGUCUG